CUGACGUCACAUCCUGCUCCAGCAACAAAAGCCUCGAUGCUUUCUUCACAAAAAGCCUCCUGGUCGAGAAGGACGUCGCUAGUUUUAGGUAAAGAUGUGAGUGUUUAAUGUAAAAAUGUCUUCAGUUCAGCCUCAGAGAGUUUAUCAAGCAGCAGGAAACUCCUGCUGAAGAAACAUUCACAGAGUGGAAAGAAAUCAACGUUAAGAUGGAGGAAGAGAUGGACGAUCAGCGCAGACUGAUGGAUUUUACCCGGAUACCCAAGAUCAUCUUGCACCGGAUAGAUCUCCAACAUUGUUCUGUGUGUAAAGACAACAGGAUUUUCAAAGACCUCAGCAACCAGGAGGGGAACUUCACUUUAGAACAAGAGGAACCAGAACCUCUGGAGAUAAAACAGGAACCAGAACCUCUGGAGAUAAAACAGGAACCAGAACCUCUGCAGAUAAAACAGGAAUCAGAACCUCUGCAGAUAAAACAGGAACCAGAACCUCUGCAGAUAAAACAGCAACCAGAACCUCUGGAGAUAAAACAGGAACCAGAACCAGAACAUCAACAGCUCAAAGAGGAAGAGAAGCAACUCUGCAUCAGUCAGGAUGAAGAACAUCUUGUGCUGAAACAGGAGACUGAUUACAUUUUGGUGAAUCCUCUUAAUGUGCAAAGAAUCCACAAUGAAACAGAACCACAGAGGAACCAACUCAUUUCUCAUGGCUCUGCUGAGGAUGAGAACCAGGAUCAGGAAGAAAGCAAUUCUGAAGACCCAGGAAAAAAGAGAGAUGAAAAACAGAAACAAAAGGAGAAAUUUGAGAAAACCAAGCAGCGGAAAGGUAAAACUAAAAGUUCAAAGCAAAAAAAAUACAAGAAAGAUCACCCACAACAAAAACUAUAUUCUUGUCAAAUCUGUGAUGAAGCCUUUUCUCAAAGUGGUUUGUUGACCACACACAUGAGAACUCACACUGACAAGAACCCUUUCACAUGUUCAGCCUGUGGAAAAAGUUUCACACGCAAAUCAAACUUAGUUCGUCACAUGAUCAUUCAUACAGGUGAGAGGCCUUUUUCGUGCAGGACUUGUGGAAAAACUUUCCAAGGUAAAAGCAAUUUAACUAGACACAUGAUAGUUCAUACAGGUGAGAAGGCUUUCUCAUGUAGGACUUGUGGGAAAGGUUUCUGUCAAAAAAUCAAUUUAAUUGGUCACAUGAGGAUUCAUACAGAUGAGAAGCCUUUUUUGUGUGCGACUUGUGGAAAAUGUUUCAAUCUAAAAAGAAGUUUAACUAGUCACAUGAGAACCCAUACAGGAGAGAAACCUUUCUCGUGUGGGACUUGUGGAAAAUGUUUCUAUCAAAAGAGACAUUUAAGUAGACACAUGAUAAUUCAUACAGAUGAGAAUCACUUCUCAUGUAGGAGUUGUGGGAAAAGUUUCCAUCACAAAAGCAGUUUAACUAGUCAUAUGAGGACUCAUACAGGAGAGAAACCUUUCUCGUGUGGGACUUGUGGAAAAUGUUUCUAUCAGAAAUGCAGUUUAACUAGACACAUGACAAUUCACACAGAUGACAAUCCUUUCUCAUGUAGGACUUGUGGGAAAAGUUUUUGUCAAAAAGGCAGUUUAAUUUGUCACAUACGGACUCAUACAGGUGAGAAGCCUUUCUCAUGUGGGACAUGUGGAAAAAGGUUCCUAUAUAAAAGCAAUUUUACUUGUCACAUGAAAAUUCAUACAGGAGAGAAGCCUUUCUCAUGUAGGACUUGUGGGAAAAGUUUUUGUUAUAAAAGCAGUUUAAUUAGCCACAUGAGGACUCACACAGGUGAGAAUCCUUUCUCAUGUAGGACUUGUGGGAAAAGUUUUAGUCAAAAAAGCAGUUUGAUUUGUCACAUGAUGACACACACAGGUGAGAAGCCUUUCCCAUGUGGGACUUGUGGAAAAACGUUCCGAUAUAAAAGCAAUUUUUCUAGUCACAUGAAAACUCAUACAGGUGAGAAGCCUUUCUCAUGUAAGACUUGUGGGAAAAGUUUUUGUUAUAAAAGCAGUUUAAUUAGUCAUAUGAGGACUCACACAGGUGAGAAGCCUGUAAAAUUUGGCUUGAUUAAAGUGGAACUCACAAAUACAGUGAAGGAGGAUCUUGUCACAGAAAAUCAGGUAAAAUGUGUUACAUAAUUUAAAUUGAUAAGAAAACAUAAAUAUCCAACAACUCAAAAAUAUAUUUAGAGAUUUUUAGUAAAAUGAUUUAUUCAGAAAACCAGAAUAUGAAGAAUUACUAAUAGUUAUCCUGAUAUGUAGACCAGUAAACCAAAAAACACUCAAAAAUAAUUAUAGGUCAGAUUCCAAUUAUUUGGCUUGAGUCAGAAACCAAACUUAAAUAAUUAAUUGUCCAACUAAUCCUGUUCUUUUUUUGUCCGUAAAAGAGUCCCAUAUCUUCGAUAAUCAAAAUGUCUUGGAAGCAGUUGGCCGUAUUAAUCCAGUCUAAAUCCUGAAAAGAAAAAUCCAAAACGUCAAGACCCCCCAAAAAAGAUGAAAAAAGAGAGUGGCCUUGUAAAGUUGUUGUAGUCAUUGUAUGUCUAUUCUUUGUUGUACUUAUACCUCAUUAAUUGUAGUCACAGGAUGCAUAUUUAGCUGUUAGGUUGCAAAUUAAUUACCUGUAAUAAUUUUUUUAUUCUAAAUUUGUAUCUGCAUAUGCUUUAUUUUUUCAUGUUUUGCUCUUCAGGUUCUGUUUUUGGAGGAAAUACUGUUGAUUCUAUGAUGGCAACAAAGCAGGCAGAAGUUUCGCUAAGUUAUGUUGAAACCUGAGAUGUUUUGAUAAAACAUCUGCAUUGACUUUAUUCAUGUUAUUUUUAUUCUGAACUGAAAAUUUAUUUUUACCCAUAUGUGUUUUUUCAUUUAUCUGUAUUUGUUUGAUAAUUGUUUUACUAUUUAUGUCAGAAAUGUAUUGGUUAUAUUGAUUAAAUUUCAGUUGUAAAUGUGACUUGCAGAAACAGUUUCUUUUUAUUUUUAAUUCUUUAUUUUUGAAGCAUUGAGAAGAUUACAAAAGCUUGAUUUCAUCUCGAGGUUUCAGUUCCAGCCUGUGAUCAAUUACAAAAUUCCUCCUCUUUACCAUUCACAUUUACAAAAACAACACAAAGAGGAGACAUUUUUCUUUUAAAACAUAAAUUAGACCACAGUAUCCAGUGUUGUUUUUUUCUGCUGUGAUUUAUCUUCACUGUGUGAAAGUAUUUAUUAUUAAAGAUCAACAAAGUUUCCAGAAACAGGAGAAUUUGGUCCAUAAACUGCAA